CAUUUCAUGCCAUCCCCAUACGCAAAUGAGAUGGAACUCGGCCGAGAUAGCGACAACUGACCCCAUGGGUCAAGAACAAGCCCACCGACGCCAUGUCUAGUGGACCGGCACCAAAGGGGCUUUGAUAUUGAAAGCGAAGAUCGGCAGAGUCUGGAGAAUCUGGAGAAUCUGGAGAAGGUUCGAACUUGGCAUCAAUGCUCAUCCUUAAAUAGAGGGUCCCGUCUCUGUCUAGAAACCACAUCGAACUCGAAGUGAGCUCGUCUGGUAUUACUACAGACAGCUUCAAGUCCCCAACAGUUAUAUUCAACUCCCAUCAUAUACUGUAUAGCAGUUCAGUAUGUCUCUACAACAGGUCCCUGAAAAGCGGCUGAGCGGCACUGUCUUUGAAGUCGACCAGAAGAUGGAUUCUUCCAAUGGUAGUGAUAGCCAUGUUGAAACCGCUGGCGGAACCACCAUCACAAGAAAGCAAACUUUGAGGAAAAUAGACACCUACCUCCUGCCUUUGAUGUUUAUAACCUACGGCUUGCAAGCACUUGACAAAGCUCUCCUUGGCUACGCAGCAGCCUAUGACUUGCGCAAGGAUACCCACCUUCAUGGAUCGCAGUACUCAUGGGUUGCUUCGGUGUUCUACUUUGGCUAUCUCGUUGCCGAAUAUCCUCUGGCUUCUCUUCUCCACAAGUUUACUGCUGCUCAAUUCCUCGGCGUUACUGUCUUUAUCUGGGGAAUUGUGGUUCUUUGCAUGAACUUUGCAACUAACUUUUCGGGCUUGAUCGCCCUUCGGUUCUUUUUGGGUGCAUUAGAAAGUGCAGUUGCCCCUGCCUUCGUGGUCCUCACAGCACAGUGGUACACUCGAUCUGAACAACCACUUCGCCAAAAUAUCUGGUUCGCGGCGACACCAACCUUCGGUAUUAUCGGUGGACUUGUUGGGUAUGCUGUUGGACACAUAGAGAAUUCUGCCGUCACACCCUGGCGUCUGCUAUUCAUUAUCUUUGGCUGCAUUACGAUUCUCUGGGGUAUCGUGCUUCUUUUCUGGUUCCCUGACUCACCUGGAAAGGCUCGAUUCUUCACUGAAGAGGAGAAGCUCCAUGCCGCCAAUGACAUCGCUAGACAAGGCACCGGUGUAGAACGAAGCUGGAAGUGGUCUCAAGUCAAGGAAGCCUUCCUUGACGUCAAAACAUGGAUAUUCUUCCUUCUCGGCAUACUGAAUACCAUCCCCGCCGGUGGCCUUUCUAACUUCGGCAGCCUCCUCAUCAAAGGCUUUGGCUUCUCCGCAAUCAACACCCAGCUUCUGACUAUACCUUCACACACUGUCCAAGUCAUCUUCCUUAUAGGUGCCGGGAUUUUCGCUAACAAAGUCCCCAACAUGCGGCUCUACAUCAUGUCGUACUCCCAGCUCCCGUCUAUCGUCGGCGUCGUCCUGCUCCACACCCUUGCGAGCGACAAUCGUUGGGGAAGGACCGUCGGCGUCUGGCUCAACUACACGCACUCCGCUAGUCUCGCUGUCAGCUUCAGCGUUAUCGGCGGGAACGUGGCUGGAUUCGCAAAGAAAACGACAGUUACCGUCUUGCUCUUCGUCGGGUACUGUGUCGGCAACAUCGCUGCGCCGCAAUUCUUCAUUGAUGAGGAGGCUAAAGAGGGCUAUCCCACUGCCAUCAUCGCCAUGCUUGUCUGCUACUGCGGGACGUUCUUAAUGCCGCUUGGCUUGCGCUGGAUGUAUGUCCGGGAGAACAAGAGGCGAGAUGCGCUUGGGAGUCAGCCAGAGGAGGAUUAUGGGGAUGAUGAUGAUUUGACGGAUUUCCAGCGCAAGGAAUUCCGCUAUGUGCUAUAACUUUGAUUGACGAAGAUGGGGAAUACGUGUGCAUCGCCUAAAUUCCGAGGCCUGAUGAUUAGUUUUUGAAUAUACGAUUUGAGUGAUCGGAAGCAAUUUCCUUCG